AUGCACCAACACAACGCUGCAGUGUUCACGGUGCUCGCAAUCUCAAUAGCGCUCGCGUCAGAAGUGACAGCUCAAGGCGCCCCCCGCUCCGAAGCCGAACUUACUUUUGCCGAGACCCUCUACGUACGCCUGUCCGGCGCAUCGUCCCUGUGUUAUAUAGAUGGCCUCACGGUUCGUGCAAACGAUAUCGAGGUAACUGAGAACCUGACAGCAGAUGCUAAGAUUAUAGCAGUACGUCCUGGUAUGCACACGGUAAUUAUCUCUGAUAACACAAACACAAAUCUGAAGGGAGCAGAUGCAGAAUUAAAGUGCAGCAUAGCCGAGCUGAACACGGGUACAGUCCGCGAAGCUGCUGCUGAACUUGGUGUAGAAGUGAGAUUCAUUCCACCUGGUGCUCCUGAGAUGGGAGAGGGUCAUGGAAGAGAAUGGUACGUACGG